CUGAAUAGCCUGAGUGACCCGGAGAUAACAGCUGUACGCCACUGCCUGACCUUGUGCGUUUUUUAAAGUCAGGCCUGAGCAUCCAACCAACACUACGUUGCAGCAUGAAGCUAUUGCCAGGAAGAUGUUGCAGUUCCCAGGGAUACCCCGAGGACAGGAAGGUCCUCUUAACAGGUGUGUGACCUGAAGCCACAGGUGUGCGUAGACAGACAUUGCCAUCUUCUGAGCUGUCAGAUCUUGAAUGAGACACUUCCCCUGACAGUUUCUUUGAAGCGGCUGAAGUACUGGCUCCCAUUCUGCCCACGUGGAACCGUGAAGGAUAAAAUGAAGAGAAGUUAGGAUUCUAGAGGGGCCGGAAUGUAACAUUCGCUCUUAAAGAAGAAUCUUUCUCGGGGAGAAACCAGGGUUACAAGAAGCGUUCAAUCAGUCGGGUGCGGAGCAUCCCGGAGGGAAAGACCGACUUGCCCCAGGAGCGGCGCGGGAAUCGGAUUGAACAGGCUACAGCAACCUUGAGGUGCUGCUGGAGUUAAUCUGGCCGCCAGCUCAGGACUCAGGGCAUCCUGGACGCUCAGUGACCACAAAAGCGUAGCUUGCUCGGGGAGGAGAGGUGCUCCUUUGCUCUUGCAUUUGGGGUCCUCAGGCUGAAAGGCGCGCCUCGGCUGCGCAUGCUCAUUGCACCGUAGGGAAUGGCCCGGAAAGGCUGAAAGUUUGGGGCGGCGGGUCCAAGCUCCUCCCUCGGCUCGGGUGCAGCGGGAAAGGGUACAGAGGCGCGGAGCUGGCCGGCGGCGGGAUGCAGCGGGUCACCCGCCUAAGCCCCCCAUGACCUGCACUAAAGAUGCGCGGCUGAAGCUGGGCCGGGAAGCCCUGCAGGCGGCGCCGACACUGCUGGUCCCCGCGGUGCUACUGGGUGGCGUUCUCGGCCUAGGCCUUGGCUUGUGGCUUGGCUGUCGCGCGAGCCACUUGCCCGCACGGCUCCAGAAAGAUGACAGAAAACGUCUGCUCGGGAGUUCAGAGCCCUCUGCACAGAGCCUACGGGACACUGGCUCUCAAGCCAGGAGGCUCCAGAGAGAAACCACUCGGGAUGAAGACGCCCCUGAGGUGUGUGAAGCAUCCUUGAGUGGCAACAUCACGGCAUUUGCACUGAAAGCCAGAGUUGUCUAUCCCAUCAACCAGAAGUUCCGGCCUCUGGCCGACGGAUCCUCCCACCCAUCGCUGCAUGAAAACCUGACACAGGCAGCGGCCAUCCUGCCCCACCUGCCCCACCAGCCAGCAGAGGCCUCACCAGCCAGCAGCCUGGGCAGCCUAAGCCAGGCUGGCAAGGAGGACGGCAGCUCCUCCUCCAGCAUGCGAUCAACCUACAGUGACGACCGGAUCCUCCAGUGUGCCUUUCUCCGGGUGGGCAGCUUCCCUGAGAUCCUGGCCUGUGAGAGUGUAGACAUUGACCUGUGUGUCUGCAGCCUUCACCUGAAAGACCUGCUUCAGGUAGACAUGGCGCUGAGGCAAGAGAAGCACCUGAUGUUCAUUCAGAUUCUUAAAGCAUGCCUCCUGGAUUUUUUUCCUAAAAAGAAGCCUGAUGAUGAAUUAUGCCAGAAGGUUCUUUCCAAACAAGAGCGUGAUUUGGAGGAAUUAGAAAAGGGACUUCAGGCCAGAUUGGCGAAUACAGAAAUGUUAGGUACCGGCGACUCUGGCUACGUUUCCCUGGCAGAUGUGGAGAGGAAGGAGAGAGAGCUCUCAGAGCAGCUCAUAGACAACAUGGGAGCUUUCUGGAAGCAGAUGGAAAGCAUCCAGCCCACUCUCAUGGACCAGUUUAAGUGUUCCAGCUCCAAAGCUCGGCAGUUCAUGAUGACUCUGACAGGAAGAAUGAUUGUCGCUGAAGGGCUGCUGCAUGACUCCCAGGACCUGCAUGUCCUGGACACCCUGGAAAGGACAAUGGGUCGAGCCCACUUGGCAAGAAUGGUGGAGUUCCUGAGAACCCAGAUCCAGGAGGAGACCAAGUGCAGACUUGCUGCCAUCUCCCGUGGCUUGGAGUUGCUGACUGUCCAGGGGCAGCUGUCUGGGAGGCAGAAGGAGGAACUCCUGACACAGCAGCACAAGGCCUUCUGGGAGGAGGCAGAGCGCUUUGGCAGGGAAUUCACACAGCGGGGGAAAGAUCUGGUCCAGGCAUCUCAGGCUCGCCAGGCAGAGGCAGCGGCAGAGCUCACACAGACCCAAGAAGAAGAACGGAGGAGUUUCCUGGCUGAUUCCCAGCUGACCUCAGAUCCUGGGGAGUUCCUCAAGGCUUUUCAUGAGGUCCUGGAGAGGCAGCGGCUGACAAGGAGUGACCAGGAGGGAGACGAGGACACCCGGAUCACUGAGGCCAUGGCUGUGCUCUGCCAGGAGCUGUACUGUAGCACCAUGGGAACCUUCCAAAAGUUUGUGGACUCCCUGUUCCUGAAGACCCUCCCAGAAGUGAGCAGCCUCCCUGUGGCAGAAUGUGAGAUCCUGCGGCAACAGGUCCAGGAGCAGGCAGCAAGGCAGCUGGGACAGGCGGACCGAUUCCGCAGACGACAGUGGGGACUCCUAUGUGAUCUCUUGGAGCAGGACAAACGGGUGUGGCUGGAGGAGGCUACGCUGUCCACGGUGCUACAGAGGCAGCUGCGGGAUCACCACGAGAGCACCAUUCACGGCGUCCUGAGCAGAUUCAGUGGCCUUUCUGAAGAGUCCUCACGAGGCAUCCUGCAGGGCCACGAGCUGCUGCUGUGCUCUGCUCUGCGCAGACUGGCCCUCCGAGGCACCACCAUCACUGCCCUGGCUCAGAUGAGGCUGUCUGGGAAGAAGAGGCUCCUGCAGGAGCUACAUGAGCAGCUGGCAUUAGAGCAGGGUGUGUCCCCAUGCCUGGAGGAGCAUCAAUGGCAGCUGCUCAGAGCCCUGGAGGCACGGAUCCAGGAGGAGGCAGCCAGGUUGGAGGAUGAGGCCCAGCAGACAGGUCUGCGGCUCCAGCAGCAGCUGCUGGCGGAAGCACAGGAGGCAGGGCGGCUGCUACAGCUGCACAUGGAGCGGGUCAUUGGGCAGGCGCUGCUGGUACAUGCUAGGAAUGUUGCCAGCAAAGGCCGGACCAGGGAGAAGGAAGACUUCAAGAGGACGCUGGUGGAGACGGUGGUGGAGAGUGUGUAUGUGACCAGCACUAGUGUCAACCGCCUCGUGCAGGUGCAUUACCAGGCUGUCGGGAAGCUCCUGCAGGCUCAUGAGGAACAAUUGCUGCAGCGCCUAAAGACCCUGCAGGGGGAGAGAAUCAAUGCUUACAAGCUGUGGAAGAAGCAAGAAUUCAGUGACCCGUCGUUGGAGAGUCAAACAGCGGAUGGUACCCACGGAGCUUCCCAGGGGGUACAGCAGAGGAUGCUCUCACAGCAGAAGAGGCUCCUGGACCAGUUCACAAAGCAUCAGCAGGGCCGCCUGAACUCUCAGAGGCAGAAGGCACAAGAGCUGGACCAGCUGCAAGCCCAGCUUGAGACCCAGCUGCAGGAAGCUGAGCAGACCCUUAUCUCAGAGCUAGCGACAUUGGCCCGAGUGCCCCUUCCUGAGAACAAGCCAUUCUCCAACAAGCGAGGACUUCCAGAAAAGCCAGUAAGAACCAAAAGGAAGAAGCCCCCACCUCGGGAGAGAGAGGACCUGGGGCUACCAAAUGAUGACCACCUUGCCUUGGCCGACCACACCACAGGACCACUCAGCGGCAGAAGGCUGGAUCAGCAAGACAGCGAAGCUGGCGAUGGAGAAAGCACAAGGAAGAUACUGCAGAAAAGAAGCAAUCUCUAGUUGGAGCCCUGCUGAGAUGGGUCUGCACACACCUCACUUCCUCUUGGGACCAGGGGACAGAAGAAAAGGCCAGUCUUGAGAGGGGGGAUGCCACCUGCCUUAGAGAGCAAGACAGUAGCAUCAACUGCCUGGGAUCAUUGGAGAUGGUGGGGACAUGCCUUGAGAAUGUAGCAUCUCCACUGUCACCUCUUUUUGGUCCUCUUGCCCUGGUCUCUUCCUCCCUCAGAAGGGCCCUCUUACCCGCACCCUCCAGUUUCACAUAGUAUCUUGAUGCUGUCUAGCAGUCUGAUUGGAGAUUGAUGACCCUGAUUCCAGCAUGCAUGAAGUUCUGCCCAUCUGGGUCUUAGCAUCACUGGUAUUUUCCUGGCCUGAGGCCACUGGUUCACCUCCACUGCUCCACAGUCAUCUCCUGUCCCUGGUUCUGGCUGUCAGGGUCCCAACCAGGACCAACUUUUGGCCUUGGUAUUUCUAUCUGUUGGCUCAGGUAGCCCUGGAACCUGGUCACCCAAGGAUGUGUGAGUCCCAGGGCCAACCACUCAGAACAUGGGAACCACACUUGCCUGUCACAUACCACAAGAGGUCCUCUGUGGGCAGGGAGGGCAUAGAAGGAUGCUGCUCCUACCAUCAGGAGCAUCUACCAUCUUCACUGAGGAGAGGAAACUUUCAUCUGAGGAGAUGCCCACAGGUCACCUGCCCCUUCCGAGGGAUGAUAAGGGCUUCCAUAAGCUUUCAAACCAGCCGUACUUCCAUAGGCCAGAGACCUUUCCCACUUGGGGGGCUAUCUCUUCCAGGAGCAGCAUCAAGGAUUCCCAGUCAUCACUGUCAACAUUUGGGUAUGAUCACUCAUUGUUCAGGUGUGAACGUUGCUGAUGGCAAGGAUGGAGUCUCUCAUGUCAGAGGCAGACCCAUGUAGAGAUGGGAGGUUGUAGGUGGCACACACUGUCUCACUUGAGAUGAGAGCUGUCACUCAGUGAAAACACACCUUCAGGUUUGCUGUUCUUAGGAAACACCUCCCGAGGAACACCAUCGUGUCUAGGAGUGACGCUUGAGGCUGAGAGAGCUCCUGACUAAGGACUUGGCUCGGGGCAGCAACCAACUUUCCUUCUUCCUCCCCUACUUCCAUUCCCCAGCCUCCUGUGCCUUAACCUCCUUGCACGUGAGCCAACCCUGGCUCACCCUGAAUAAAGAGCUCUACCCCA